AUGGUGCCUUGGUGAACGAGCUCUACAGUUUGCUUCGUGACCAGGAUCCUAUUGUGGUUGUGAACUGUCUGAGGGCCUUGGAAGAGAUCUUGAAGAAGGAGGGAGGAGUUGUCAUCAACAAACCCAUUGCCCAUCAUCUCCUCAACAGGAUGCCUGACCUGGAUCAGUGGGGGCAGAGCGAGGUGCUCACCUUCCUCCUGCGCUACAGACCCCGCAGCGAGGAGGAGCUCUUCGACAUCCUCAACCUACUGGAUGGCUAUCUCAAAAGCAGCAGCACCAGCGUUGUGAUGGCAGCCACCAAGCUUUUCCUGGUGCUGGCCAGGGACUACCCACACGUGCAGGCAGAUGUUUUGGUGCGAGUGAAGGGCCCACUGCUGUCUGCCUGCACCUCAGAGAGCAGAGAGCUCUGCUUCACCGCGCUCUGCCACGUGCGCCAGAUCCUCAGGAGCCUGCCCGGCCACUUCAGCAGCCACUACAAAAAGUUCUUCUGCUCCUACUCAGAGCCUCACUACAUCAAAUGCCAGAAGAUGGAGGUGUUGUGUGAGCUGGUGAAUGAUGAGAACGUGCAGCAGGUGCUGGAGGAGCUGAAGGGUUACUGCACUGAUGUGUCGGUGGAGCUUGCCCAAGGAGCCAUCUCUGCCAUUGGCAAUAUUGCCAGGACAUACACAGAUCAGUGUGUGGGAAUUCUGACAGAGCUCCUGGGCCUUCAGCAGGAAUCAGCGGUGGUCCGAGCUUUCCGGGACCUGGCGUGGCUGUGCCCCCAGUGCACAGAUGCUGUGUGCCAGGCACUGCCUGGCUGUGAGGACACCAUCCAGGACAGUGAGGGCAAGCAAGCACUGAUCUGGCUCCUGGGCACACAUGGGGAGAAGGUCCCGAAUGCUCCCUAUGUUUUGGAGGACUUUGUGGAGAAUGUGAAGUCAGAGAUGUGCCCAGCAGUGAAGAUGGAGCUCCUGACAGCACUGGUGAGACUGUUCCUGUCUCGCCCUGCUGAGUGUCAGGACAUGCUGGGCAGGCUGCUCCACUACUGCAUAGAGGAGGAGAUGGACAUGGCAGUACGAGACCGUGGAUUGUUCUACUAUCGCCUUCUGCAGUCUGGGGUGGAAGAAGUGAAACGAGUCCUGUGUAGCCCCAAGUCUGACCCCUCCCUGGGGCUCCUGGGAGACCAAACCAAGCAACCUGUGAAUGCAUGGGCUUUGGAGUUCAAUACUCUUGCCCCAGUGUAUGGCAGAGAACGCUGGGCCCUUGCCACUGCUCACCAGCCAGUGGAAACCUCUUACUCUUCUUGUGCUGACUCCAGGAGCAGAGACACAGGUAACCUGCCCCACCUGCCUCUGGCAUCCAUUGUCCCCUUGUCAUCACUGAUUUCUGAAGGAAAUAAAGAAGUCCUCAAGGUUCAUCCAGAUACAGGCAGCCUGACCUUGAUUCCUGAUGUUUUCCUGACUGCAGAACAGUUUGAGAAGACCUGGCUGAGCUUGGACACGAGCUGCCAGCUCUCUCUGCCCUGGUCUGGGCCUGUCCACCCAGACACCAUACAGACAGCCCUUCAUGUUGUCCACAUCCAGACCAUUGCCAUGAGCAAAGCUGGUGCCCAGCCCUGGAAAGCUUAUCUGAGUGCUCAGGACGACACAGGCUGCCUCUUCCUAACAGAGCUCUUGCUUGAGGCAGCAGAUUCUGAGCUGCAGCUUUCAGUGAAGCAGAGUGAGACAAAGCCAGAGGCUCUGCAGACCUUCAUCUCAGCGUUGAGGACAGUCCUAGAGGCAGUGGCUGGUCUAGGAUCUUGA